ACUCGGUCACAACUUUGCCGCUCGCGCUGCUUUUCCCACAAUUCACCUGCCAUAAUGUCUGCGCCCUGGUCUUGCAGGGCGUCUGCAAUGCUGGCUAGUUCGAUAGAGAUGCUGUACGUUGUUUGUCUGGCGCAACUGCUUGCAAGCACAAUGUGCAACACUGCUGACCACUUUGAAGGUUUCCUGCUCUGUAGACAUUGUGGACUGGAAGUAACAAGAGCAGACAGCCUAGUAAAAAUUCCAAGUCAAUUGGCACACAGACAACGAAAUGAUACACUUGCUGGUGCAAAAGGUGUACUUAUACAGCUGUUUAAAAAUCCACAAGGAAAAUAUUUUGAACUGAUCACAUCUUCUGAAGCAGAUGUGCAAGAAGUUGAACAGCCUCACUUAGCUGAUUCCUGGUUUCCUGGUUUUACCUGGACAAUAGCUGUUUGUCCUCGCUGUGGAUAUCAUUUAGGAUGGGUGUUCAAACCUGUUAGUACAUCUGUGAUGAGCGAUUCAAUGCAUAGAACUAAUUACAUGCAGCAGUUUAUUGGACUCAUUUUAGGAAAUCUGCUUCAUGAACAAGAAGCUGAGUCAAUCAUUGCUGCCCCCAAAACAUACCUGAGCUAAACGCCAGACAGAAAUAUUUGCUAUUUAAAUUAUUCUCUGUCAUGAAAGAGUGCAGCAUGAAGGUGGUUUGAAGUUUUGAGAAAUGGUUGUUGUUGAUAUAUUGUUGCUUUUGUUAUAAGCUGUUAUUGAAAUGUAUCACUUAUAUCGUUCCUAUGUAAAUUUCCUAUGCACGCUUCAUCAUUGAAACAUUGGUGCUGAAUUGUAAAUAAUUUUGUGUGGUAUAUUUGUUGUUUGAGCCAUGACUUUGAUCUGCAAACUCUCAGGUUAGUUCAGCUAAAGGUCCUUCUUAAUUAGACAUAUAUGGGUGAAUAUUUGACCAAGUUAGGCAACUUUACACAACAGUUAUAUAAAAACGUUGCCUAACUUUAUUCAUACCUGUUGAAUUAAAAAGAACCUUUAAGGAGGCAGAUCUUUUUCUUCACAGAAACAACCUAUGUGGAUGUAGUCAUGUUUGUUUUCACUGAUAGGGAUAGCCUAGCCUUAUGGGCAUAUGACCAGUUGAUCCAGUAAAGGUUGGUUAUGGACUAGUCAUGUCCUUUCUUCAGGUUUCAGGUACAUUUCUGGUUGAUUUUGUGUGUGUGUGUGUGUAAUGAGUAUAUAAGCAUGAAGAAACUGACUUACAAAAAUAUGUGUAUGACUGACAGUUUUUCUUUGUUUUGCAUUGAGCAACUUUUAUGAGGUCAAUAGUUGCAGACAUCAUAUGAAUACCAACCCUGGAUGACUUACCAAAUAAAGAAGCUUCUAUCUUAUUAAACAAAAAAUGUAUCUUUCAAGAAAUUGGGCAAAGAAGGAAAAAGGGUGAAUAACCACGGACACAUAUAUACAUAUUCAUGGAAUAACAGGUUGACAUACCAUUUCCCUCAAUUUGAAAAUUUGUGUGUUUUGUUAGCAUGAUGAAACUUGUUUUUGAAUGAACUUUAGCCCCCUAACCCUUUGUAGAGUGUUCACCUUUCUUUAACCAGAAGUCUGCAGAAAAUCUAAAUACAUUGUUUUCUGCCUGUCUUUAGAUAUUUUAAGGAUUUGAAAUUGGAGAUUAUGUGAAGUGAAAUAGAAUGCUGAUAAAAAGUUGAUUUAUAUGUUUAUUUUUAGUCAUAUUUUGAGGCAUGCAUGAAAUUUCAGAUGUAGCUUUAUUUGUGUUCUUGAGAAAUGCCAAGGAAAGAAUAUAAUAUUUUGGUGAAUG